AUGUGCCUGGGGUCGCCAAUAGACGUGCUGGUAUUUAUUUCCCGUUUAGUAGCUUAUCGUUUGUUAUUUGCUGUAACCGCAAAGCGGAAAACUGUACUCGAAUGUAACUCAGUUAAAUAGUACGAGUAACACCAAAUCAAAGUAAGUCAAUUCUUAGGGCGGCCUGCUCAGUGGGUAUCAUUGUCUAGGACCGCACUUGACGAUCAAGUGCCUGAACAAUAAGAUAAAGUCCCAAUCUAGGGCCCUAUCGAUACUGCACCUUGGUAUCUGUUCACUUUCUCAUCGACGAUCAACGCCGCCAAAACUUUGCGCAGCACUCAAAUAACUUAGACGCUGUCGGCUUGUCAUUGGAAGAGCAUUCCCCUUGAAAUUACAGCCGCCAUGGGCACCCGCAAGAAGGGUCUGGACUUUGCCAAACAUAUAUCAGAGAUCAUUGCCAAAUCGACGGGAUUCGAAAAUCACAUGAAAAAGGUGAAGAUCAUCGGAGGCGGUGAUGGCACUUGCCAGGCGGAACUCAAAGUUGAAGCUGAUCACGUCAACCCCUACAACGGUCUACAUGGCGGCUACAUUGUCACCCUGGUUGACAUGGUAACGACAUAUGCCCUGAUGUCCAAGCCGUGUCAUCCGGGCGUCUCCGUGGACAUUAAUGUGAAUUACCUGAACGCGGCACGCCUGGGCGACGAGGUACGGAUCGAGGCCAACAUCUCCAAGAUUGGUAAGUAUCUGGCCUUCAUCGAGUGCACGCUGCGUCACAAGAAGGACGACUCCGUGAUCGCCAAGGGCACGCACAUGAAAUACGUCAAUAUCAAAGACUAAAAUUUAAUCGAACCAAAUGCUGCGAUUGGGAUAUUAAUGUGCUUUAUUUUAUUACAUGUGUAGCAGUACAGUACAUUUCAUUUGUUAGUUAAUUUGUUUUCAAUUAUUCAAUUAAAUUUGCUCGUUUGCUCUGUGCGCGAUGUUUGGUUAGA